UUAAAUCGGAAACAUCAUCAUGCCUGAUCCAGCAAAGUCCGCGCCGAAGAAAGGCUCCAAGAAGGCCGUCACCAAGACCGCCGUGAAAGGAGGAAAGAAGCGCAGAAAGUCCAGGAAGGAGAGCUACGCCAUCUACGUGUACAAAGUGCUGAAGCAGGUUCAUCCUGACACCGGGAUCUCUUCGAAGGCGAUGGGCAUCAUGAACUCUUUCGUCAACGACAUCUUCGAGCGCAUCGCCGGUGAGUCGUCUCGUCUCGCUCACUACAACAAGCGCUCCACCAUCACUUCCCGAGAGAUCCAGACCGCCGUGCGUCUGCUGCUGCCCGGGGAGCUGGCCAAACACGCCGUGUCCGAGGGCACCAAGGCCGUCACCAAGUACACCAGCUCCAAGUAGAGCAGUCCGACCCCGAGACACACCCCAAAGGCUCUUUUAAGAGCCACCCAGCUUCUCUUUAAAAAGAUCAAGUGCUGUCUUUGUUCAAAAUGUAGUUAAUAAAUUAAAUAGUCGAUGUCACCUUUGUAUGUUUAAAUCUAUCGUUAUAGGUGAGUCAUAAAAGGUUUGCCAAAAUAUA